ACGCCUGUGAUUGUUUUACUUUGAAAACAGCCACCGGAUGUUGCACUGUUGAUUAGCAUUAGUUGUUGCUAAACACUUGUCCCAAGAAGGAAGCUGUAAUAUUUUGACAGGUUACAGCCAAGAUAAAGCACAUGCGAGUAUGAGCGUGCCAGACUACAUGCAGUGUGCCGAGGACCACCAGACGGUCUUAGUGGUGGUCCAGCCGGUCGGCAUCGUACCCGAGGAGCAGUUCUUCAAGAUCUACAAGCGAAUCGCCAGCGUGAGCCAGGUGAGCAUCAGGGACUCGCAGCGCCUCCUCUACAUCCGCUACCGCCACCACUACCUGCCCGAAAACAACGAGUGGGGAGAUUUCCAGACGCACCGCAAGGUGGUGGGCCUCAUCUCCAUCACCACCUGCGCCUCCAACAAAGAGUGGCCCCAGACCGCCGAGCGCUUCCACGGCCAGAAGGAGGUCUACAGCUCCACGCUGUACGAUUCCCGCCUGCUGGUGUUCGGGCUGCAGGGAGACAUCGCGGAGCAGCAGCGGACGGACGUGGCCUUCUACCCCGACUUUGAGGACUGCCCCGAUGUGGAGAAGCGCGUGGAUGACUUUGUGGAGUCCAUUUUUAUUGUCCUGGAGUCCAAGCGGCUCGACCGGGCCACCGACAAGUCUGGUGACAAGCUCCCUCUGCUGUGUGUGCCCUUUGAGAAGAAGGACUUUGUGGGUUUGGACACGGAUAGCAGGCAUUAUAAAAAGCGUUGCCAGGGGCGGAUGAGGAAGCACGUCGGGGACUUGUGUCUCCAGGCGGGCAUGCUGCAGGACGCCCUGGUCCACUAUCACAUGGCUGUGGAGCUGCUCAGGGGUGUGAACGACUUCCUCUGGCUGGGCGCCGCUCUGGAGGGCCUGUGCUCGGCCUCCGUUAUCUUCCACUACCCCGGAGGGACGGCGGGGAGGACGGUGGGACGGAAGCCCAGCGUCUCCCAGCCGGCGGACGCAGGGAAGCGCCACAGACCAGGAGCUCAGGAGGUUCUCAUUGACCCAGGGGCCCUCACGGCCAACGGCAUCAGUGCCGACACCAGCACGGAGAUCGGGAGAGCGAAGAACUGCCUGAGCCCCGAGGACAUCAUCGAGAAAUACAAAGAGGCCAUCUCCUACUACGGGAAGUACAAGAACGCGGGCGUGAUCGAGCUGGAGGCCUGUGUGAAGGCGGUCCGGGUGCUCGCCAUUCAGAAGAGGGCGAGGGAGGCCUCCGAGUUCCUGCAAAACGCCGUCUACAUCAACCUGGGACAGCUCUCAGAAGAGGAGAAGAUCCAACGCUACAGCAUCCUGUCCGAGCUCUACCAGCUCAUCGGCUUUCAUCGCAAGUCGGCCUUUUUCAAGCGCGUGGCGGCCAUGCAGUGCGUGGCUCCCACCAUCCCGGAGCCCGGCUGGAGGGCCUGCUACAAGCUGCUGCUGGAGACGUUGCCUGGAUACAGCCUGUCACUCGAUCCCAAGGACUUCAGCAAAGGUACCCACCGAGGCUGGGCCGCCGUUCAGAUGCGCCUCCUGCAUGAGCUGGUGUACGCGUCCCGUCGCAUGGGCAACCCCGCCCUGUCCGUGCGCCACCUGUCCUUCCUGCUGCAGACCAUGCUGGACUUCCUGUCUGAUCAAGAGAAGAAAGAGGUGACCCAGAGUCUGGAGAACUACACGUCCAAGUGUCCGGGUGGGAUGGAGGUCAUCACGCUCCCUGACGGCCUGAAGCUCCCCCCGGUGCCCUUCACCAAGCUGCCCAUCGUUCGAUCGGUGAAGCUCCUGAAUCUGCCCGUCAGUCUGCGUCCUCACAAAGUGAAAGGUCUGCCGGGACAGAACAUGUCCACCGCCAGCCCUUUCAUCUACUCGCCCAUCAUCAUGCACAACAGAGGAGAGGAGCGCUGUAAGAAGAUUGAGUUCCAGUGGGUUCAGGGAGAUGUCUGUGAGGUACAGCUCAUGGUCUACAACCCCAUGCCUUACGAACUCCGCGUGGAGAACAUGGGCCUGCUGACAUCCGGCGUGGAGUUCGAGUCCCUACCCGCCGCGCUGUCCCUGCCCGCCGAGUCGGGCCUGUACCCCGUCACGCUGGUCGGCGUCCCGCGCACAGCCGGCAACAUCACGGUCAACGGGUACCACACGUCGGUGUUCGGGGUGACCAGCGACUGCCUGCUGGAGGGCCUGCCUAGCGUGAAGACCAGCGGCUCUUUGGUGGAGGUCAUUCCCUCCCUGCCUCGUCUGCAGCUCAGCACGUCACUGCCCCGGUCGGCACACGCGUCUCAGCCCACGUCCAAAGAGGAACUGUCCAGCACGGUGUCAGUGCAGCUUUUUAACGGAGAGACCCAGCAGCUGACCAUUACCCUGGAGAACAUCGGAUCUGAGGACAUCGAGACUCUGGAGCUCACGUCCAAGAUUCUCAGCACCAAAGAGAAAGUGUUUGGGGAGUUUCUGAGCUGGGAUCUGGAGGAGGCUUCGUCCCGCCUGCCUCUGAAGUCGGGCCAGGCCGUGACGCUGACCGUGCACAUCAAAGUGGAGCUGGACUUCUCCGGUCAGGAGAGCCUGCUGCAGGACCUCAAUGACGAUGGGAUCAGCGUGACGGGCCUGCCCAUCUCCAGCCCGCUGCGUCAGCUCCUCAAACCCAGGUCGGAGACCCGGGCCUUCGGCAGCGAGUCCGGCAGGGCCGAGUACAGCCACGUCAAGACUUUGGAAGCGGUUCUGAACUUCAAGUACUCGGGGGGAGCAGGCAGAGUGGAGGGCUACCACAGGGAGCUGUCCCUGGGGGUCCACGUGGACGUGGAGCCGUCUGUUUUCUUCACCAGAGUCAACACCCUCCCUGCAACGAGCACCCGCCAGUGUCAUCUGCUGCUCGACAUCUUCAACCCAACCGAGCACGAGCUCACCGUCAGCGCCGAGAACAACCAGGACCUGGUUCUCCAUGCCAGCGAGUGCCAGAGGAUGGCCAUCCAGGUGGACAAGUUUGACUUUGAGACUCUGCCACAGCCGGACCAGCAGACUGCUUGCUUCACUAGCCCCAAACAGCUGGAGGAGGAGCGACAGCACGCCCAGGGCUCCCAGAUCAACAGCAAGCUGGGCAUCUGCUGGAGCAUCCCUUCCCUGCGGCGCCGCGGAGAGGCCAGCGUGGAGGGAGUCCUCAACCAGCUGGUCCUGGAGCACCUACAGCUCGCUCCUUUGCAGUGGGAUGUGUUGGUGAACGGCAAGCCGUGCGACUGCGACGUCAUCGCCGACUGCAGGGCGGGCGACCCCGUGACCCUGGAGGUGCGCCUGACCAAUCGGAGCAAGAACUCCGUGGGACCCCUGGCGCUGACCGUGGUGCCGUUCCAGGACUUCCAGAACGGAGUCCAGAACUACGAUUUGGGGGAGGCGGUCACCUUCAUCGGCUCAAACACCUUCUACAUCGACACGGUGAAACCCAAAGAGGACUCCGUCUGCGUCGGUGCGCUGCUCUUCCUCUACGCCGGAGACUUCUACCUUAACAUCAAGUUCCAGGACGACAGCGCCGGGCGAGAGCUUCCCCUCGCCUGGUUCACUCUGCCCAGCGUCCACAUCCGGGCCCUGGACGCUCAGCUGCAGGCCGGCGCCUAAAGGUCAAGGACCUCGGGGCUUAAGGGCAAGGUGGCCUCGUCUUUUUUAGCCUCUGGGAAUGAAAGGAUGUUGACGUGUUGCCUCUGUAAAUACCGUUCUUUGUGAAUUGAAUGCCGUGUAAAUACGUGUACAGCUGAGGGAAAGUGCACAAACCCACACAGACACUCAGCGAGGGGCUUCUAGCCAAUGACCCGUAUAGUCGGCUGUGAUUUCUGUGAUUAGAAACGAGCCGCUUCUCUUUCUUUAUGUGCACGUAAAUGGUUUAACUUCAGUGGGAACGAUGCAACCAGUUGAGUCCAAAAUGGAAUACGCUGUGUUGGUAGUUGUGCCGCAGCAUGAACCGGUCCCCGGCGUCCCAACCAGAGCAGCGGUCCGGUUUACGCGCCAAUCUAAGGCGGGAAAAGACGCUACAGUAGCAGUGGCCCUUCGCGGUGCUUUCAUGGUCUGCACCGUUUCAGCUCGCCAGCGAGCUUCUCAACUGCUAGUCAUCUACGUGCUAGCUAGCCAGCCCUUUGUUCCCGACCCUUUUCAAGCUUUUACGACAGUUUGCUUUCUUUUGCAGCCGAGCGUUGACGGAAUCGUCCUUCUCACCCGUCGCGGUUUGCAGUUUAUUCUGUUGAUUAUUUUGUCUCACGUGAAAUUCGAAUUAUAAAAUAUCUACUGAAAGAAAAUCAGACGGUGAUGUUCUAUGGUAGAAAUAGUGAGAGCGCAGAUUGAGGAGGAGGAGCUACAAACCAACACUGCACACGACCCCAUUGACGUGCACAUGAGAUGUAUGUAUUUCUACUGCUGAUGAACCAUGUUAUAUGUCACAUAUAAUUAUUGUAAAUAUAAGUUUAAAGAAGCAACAUGUUUAUUGUGACCUUA